AUGUCUUCAUUAAUCACCACCAUGUCUGUCCCCGCUCCUCCAACCCCUGUUCAUUCCUCUACAGCCUCUCGCGCUUCUCAAUCUUCCCCGAAGCGCUCCCCCUCUUUAAGCUUGAGCCCCUCAUUCUAUCAGACUACCCGUACCUCUCAUGUUCCCGCUCUAGAACCUCCUUCUUAUCUUUCGCCUGCUGUGCGCGCACUUAAACAAGGUUGCUUUGGACUGACUCCUCCUAGUAAUGCGCGGACGAGAGCCCCCUUCAAGCCACGAUCCGCCGCCAAGGGCACCAACAGCUACCAGCUGAGACAGUUCGCCGAAGCCACUCUAGGAAGCGGCAGCCUCCGCAAGGCUGUGAAGCUCCCCGAGGGCGAAGAUUUGAAUGAAUGGCUCGCCGUCAACGUCGUCGACUUCUACAACCAGAUCAACCUUCUCUACGGAUCUUUAACCGAAUUCUGUUCACCGCAGACAUGCCCCGAGAUGAAGGCUACCGAUGAAUUUGAAUAUCUCUGGCAGGACUCAGAGCACUUCAAGCGGCCCACCAAGAUGUCUGCCCCAGAGUACAUUGAGCACUUGUUGACCUGGGUGCAAGGCAACAUUGACAACGAGCAGAUGUUCCCCAGCCGAAUUGGCAUGCCUUUCCCUAAAGGCUUCCCUAGUCUUCUCCGUCAGAUCUUCAAGCGCCUGUACCGAGUAUACGCCCAUGUCUACUGCCACCAUUACCCAGUAGUGGUGCACCUUGGCCUUGAGCCUCACCUUAACACUAGCUUCAAGCACUACGUCUUAUUUAUCGACGAACACAAAUUGGCUAGCGGGAAGGAUUACUGGGGGCCACUGGGCGACUUGGUGGACAGCAUGUUGCGUAGCGACUGA